GUUCGUAGUUUGAACUCAAUCGAACGGUACGUUUUUUUUUUUUAAUUUUUAUCGAUGUGAAACAGCCAGGAUUUAUGGAUAACUUAUUUUUUAUUAAGUUUAGUGAACAGUGUGUUUGAAAUCUUGGAUAUUGGGUUAGCUUUUUAAAAUAGUUUAGUUUUUUGGAAGACUUGGAUUUGCGAAAAUACGUACAAUGCCGCCUUACACGAUACUCACACUACUCUUAAUAAUACCAGCAACCAUAUCAAAAUCAGCAAAAACAAAUGCGCGUCCAGUCCAUGAAAUCAUAAACGAACAAUCAAGAAUAGACGAAAAGAAGCUCACAACCCCAGGAUUUCUACCUUAUGGCAAUCCUCUAGCAGGAAACUCCCAACAAAAUGCUAGACUACAUGCUCAGAAUCAGCAGGCAAUGUUCAACGCAGAAAGAAUCAGGCAGCACAGAGCUCAAGUCCAAAGAUGGACACAAGCCCCAAUAAAGAUGGACAGCUACAUGAAAGCUUACCACGAAUCACAAGAGAGCCAUCAACUAGCUUUAGAGCAACAGCAAGCGAAGCUAAGAGAUGCCAAAACUGUAGCUACUACACCCAGAUCUAGGCCGACAGAACUGAAGAGUAGAAGACAGGAGAAACGAGUAGAACCUAAAAGAGUGGAAAGAAUCAGACUCCACAGCCCAGAUCCUACGAAGAUUACUAAAGCUGAUGCUAUUAUAAAAGAUAGAAGCAGAAAUCAUAGGUCUUAUGGUGCAUCAGAUCACCAAUAUCAUCAAUAUCUUCAUCCAAAAAGAUACCAGACCGUCUACCUGUCUCCAGGACCUACGUAUGAUCAAGGAGUAACUAUCAAACCUAAUGGCAAUGUUGGUUUGAAACAUUAUCAAGCUACACAUGAAACUAAGUUGUAUACAGAAGCCAUACCGAGCACUGAGAGACCUAUUUAUCCUAAACAAUAUCAUCAAAUGCAAGAGUAUCAAUCUGCUCAAGAUAUUGAUGCAUUAAAAUCUUUAUUAAAAACUAACUCUAAAGAUCAACAAUUAUCUGGUCUAAAUGCUUUGAUUGUAUCAGGAGAGCAGAACAAAGAAGAAGAAGAAAAACAUAAGAAUUUAGAAACACCAAUAGAUUUAUAUUUCUACUUAAAAGAUGCUCCAAGCCCAAAUGUAGCGCAGCAAUAUGAUCAUACAAAAUAUGCCCAAAUACCACAAUAUGCUAGCGCUUACAUGCCUGAACCAGUAGUUAAGGAUCAUACACCUAUAACAGAACAAGUAGACGAUAUUGAAGACCCAAAUAAACACAGGCCAAACUACGUCAGAACUCUUGUACAACCUGUUGUAACACCAGCACCUGCCGCUCAACAAGAUACUACAACAACUAAAAGUAAUAAUUAUUAUAAAGUUGAAGUAGCCAGUCAAACUAUUUCAUCAGGACUCAAGUAUAGAGAGCCCGAUUAUUAUGUAAAUGAAGAUUUAGCUAAACCAAGUCAUCAGGCAUUGCAAUAUGCGCAGCCACAAUAUCCUCCGUCUCAGUAUGGUACAACCCAAUAUGGUACAACUCAAUAUGGUACACCCCAGUAUGAAACACAGUCAGAUGAAAGCGACCAAAGUGAAAGAUAUCUUCAUCACAACGCACAACCCACAGGUGUCCAACAUUUGACAGAAGAUGGCACAGGAGUCUCUGCGUAUGGCGACGACAGUCUCCACUACGCAGCGAACUACGAGUUUGGUUACCGAGUGCGCGACCACCACAGCGGUAACGACUUUGGUCACCAAGAGGCCAAACACGGUGACAACACGAACGGCGCCUACCAUGUACUUCUCCCUGACGGACGGAUGCAGAAGGUCCGGUAUUCCGCCGGUCCGGAGGGCUUCCAUGCUGAUAUCUCGUAUGACCAUUUGCAGUAUAAACAUUGAGGAUCUACAGGACUUACGUCGCUAAACAUGGUGAC